AUGGCAGGCCUCAGCCCCCAAAUAACGAACCUCGUCAUCAUCCUCGGGAUGAUGCAGGUCUCCAAGCGCAUUGCAUUUGAUGAUCCGAACGUCCUCAACAUCUGCCGCGCCGUCUACAUUGCCAGCAAUCUGAUCAUCCUGAGCAUUUACCUCUACAUCAAGAUGGUUGUCGACAAGAAAAAGGACAUGACCACGCUGAAGUACGUCGAGCCGGCACCCGUGGGCUCCAGCGAGGAGGGCAAGCUCGUGACGACGACGGUGCACGCCUACGACAUUGGCCAGCUCAAGGGCCUCCUGCGUUCGCAGGGUAUGGGUGUGCUCAUGAUGGGCGUCAUGCACAUCUACUUCAAGUACACCAACCCGCUGCUGAUCCAGAGCAUCAUCCCACUCAAGGGCGCCCUCGAGUCCAACCUGACCAAGAUCCACAUUUGGGGCCAGCCGGCUUCGGGCGACCUCAAGCGUCCCUUCAAGCAGGCCGCCGGCCUCAUGAGCGGGCUCCAGAGCGGUCCUGCCCAGGCUGACAAGAAGGCUGUUGAGGCUGCCGAGCGCUCCGGCCGUGGUGGUGCCAAGGAGGAAUAA